AGACGUGCUUAUCCCUGCCUCCUCCUUAACUUGUUGCAGAAAAGGGUAAAAAGAAAAGUUAUCUUCUUAGAAGAACCCUAAAGUUUAUUGUUGUGGCGAAGCUCAACGUUGCAGCAGUGAAAGAGGAGAGGAGGUUAAGUCGAUUAGGAAGCAAUAUUUAUUUCCGAUGGCGGCAUCUCUGAGCCUUCCGUUGAUCGAUCUUUCAUCAACAGAUCGAAUCUCCACGGCUAAUUCUAUCCGGCAGGCCAGCAUGGACUAUGGCUUUUUUUACCUCAUCAAUCAUGGGGUAGAUGAACAACUGUUGCAAAAUGUGUUCGAUGAAAGCAGAAAGUUUUUUUCGCUUCCACUUGAAGAGAAGAUGAAAUUGGCUCGCAAGGGAGACUUGGGCUUUGCACCAAUGCGUGCUGAGAACCUUGAUUCCUCUACGACUUCUAAAGGGGAUUCAAAAGAAACUUUCCAUAUCGGUCCUUCAGAAGAUGAUGAGAGACAUAUAAAUCAAUGGCCUUCUGAAGACGUAUUACCUUCUUGGAGAUUUGUAAUGGAGAAGUACUACAAACAAGUAUUGUCUACCGGGAAACAGUUGAGCUCUUUGAUUGCACUGGCUUUGAAUUUGGAUGAGAACUUCUUUGAGAAAGCAGGAGGGGCCUUAAAUGGAGAGUCGGCUGUUCUACGAUUGUUGCACUAUCCAGGUGAAAUGGGGGUUUCUGAUGAGGUUGUAUAUGGUGCUUCUGCACACUCCGAUUAUGGAAUGAUCACUCUUCUGGCAACAGACGGCGUCCCUGGGCUCCAGGUGUGCAGGGAAAAACUUAAGCAACCACGGAUUUGGGAGGAUGUUAAUCAUGUCAAGGGGGCCUUCAUUGUUAAUCUUGGCGACAUGAUGGAGAGAUGGAGUAAUUGUUUGUUCCGAUCAACACUACACCGAGUCAUGCCUACAGGAAAGGAGCGAUAUUCUAUUGCUUUGUUUUUGGAUCCUAACGAGGAUUACAUAGUGGAAUGCUUGCCAAGCUGCUGCAGCGAAUCGUCUCCUCCACGGUUUCCUCCAAUCCGCUGUGGAGACUACCUGAGAGACCGCAUCGAUGCUGCUUACUCAGGCUGAUAAUGGAAAUAAUGGUCUAAUCAGGUUCUGGAUACUUGUAUUAAAACUAUAAUAUUUGAUAUGUAUUCUAAAAGCUAUAUAUACAUACAUAUAUAUAUAUAUACACCUAAAGACGAAGGAUCGUAUGAUAAUAAGAGUUAAAGGUGAGAAUUGUAAGAAGGGAUUUGUUGGACCCUCGAUCACUUUUAAUAACAAACCAACCUAUGAAUUGUUGGUGAUUUGUAUCACUAA